UGAAAAGAACCACAAUUUUUAUGUUCAACUAAAAUGGAGAAGGGGAAUUACAUUUUUCAACAACCUCGUAUCUAUGUCCUAGGAUUAGCUUGUGGUUUCUUUUGGAUUUGCUUAUUGUUCUUUCAUUUUGGUCUUUUUGAAGGCACACCUUUCUUGAGCUAUACCUUACAAAUUAGUCCUAAUCCCGUAGUUAAACACGAGCACGAAAAUGCCAUAGAUACGAAACUCGAUAGUCUAGAUAAGCCUAAUGAUUUCCCUUUCGUAAAGGCAACGAGAAAAGUAGAAAAUGAAAGUGAUCCAUGUAGUGGGAGGUAUGUGUAUGUUCAUGAUCUUCCUUCGCGAUUCAAUGAAGAUAUGAUGAAGGAUUGUGGAAGUAUUAACAAAUGGUUCGAUAUGUGUAAGUUUGUAACGAAUAAUGGGCUUGGACCGCCUUUAGAGGAUAGUGAAGGCGUGUUUUCUGAUAACGGAUGGUAUGCUACUAAUCAGUUUACGGUUGAUGUAAUAUUUAACAACCGAAUGAAACAGUACGAGUGUUUGACAAAUGAUUCGUCUAUGGCUGCUGCUAUUUUUGUCCCGUUUUACGCAGGGUUUGAUGCUGCUAGAUAUCUUUGGGGGUCUAAUGUUUCAAUAAGAGACGCGGCUUCUCUUGAUCUUGUUAAUUGGUUACAAAACAGAAAAGAAUGGAAAGUUAUGAAUGGUAAAGAUCAUUUUCUUGUUGGAGGUAGAAUCACUUGGGACUUUAGGAGAUUAUCGGAUGAAGAAAACGAUUGGGGGAAUAAGUUUUUGUUCUUACCGGCUGCAAAAAACAUGUCGAUGCUUCUUAUUGAAUCAAGCCCUUGGAACUCAAACGAUUUUGCUAUCCCAUAUCCGACUUAUUUCCAUCCAUCUAAAGAUAAUGAUGUUUUUAGUUGGCAAGACCGGAUGAGAAAACUAGAACGAAAAUGGUUGUUCUGUUUUGCUGGAGCUCCACGGCCCGGUAACCCCAAAUCAAUUAGAAGUCUUUUAAUCAAUCAAUGCAAGAACUCGAGAGUUGGGAAGCUUUUGGAAUGUGGGAUUGUGCAAGAAAGUAAGUGUCAUUCUCCAAGUAGUAUAAUGAAAAUGUUUCAAAGUUCGGUUUUUUGCUUACAACCUCAAGGUGAUUCGUAUACACGAAGAUCAGCUUUUGAUUCGAUAUUGGCUGGAUGUAUACCCGUGUUCUUUCAUCCGGGUUCUUUUUACACACAAUACACUUGGCAUUUACCGAAAAACUAUACUAAAUACUCGGUUUUUAUCCCAGAGAACGAUAUUCGUAGGAAUAUAAGUUUAGAACAACGUUUAAGCCAAAUUGAUCCCGAAAAGAUCAAGAGGAUGAGAGAGGAGGUCAUAAAUUUGAUUCCUAGAUUGAUAUAUGCUGAUCCAAGAUCCAAAUUGGAGACCAUAAAAGAUGCAUUUGAUGUAUCGGUGGAUGCAAUCAUCGAUAAGGUGUCUAAAACGCGACAAGAUAUGAUCGACGGGCAUACGAAUGAUGAUUUUAUCGAAGAACUUAGCUGGAAGUACGCGUUAUCAGAAAAUGGCGAGUAUAUUGGAGUCCAUGAAUGGGAUCCAUUUUUCGCUAAAGCAAAACCGAAUAAUGGUAAUGGAAAUUAGGACAGAUUUAAGCAAACACGACAAGUUAGAAUUAUACGAACAAUGAUCUAAACCAACAAAAAGUUAUCAUUAGUAGGUUUAUUAUUUUGUCACCGUUUUAGUUAAUUAGUAGGAAGCAUAUAUGUUUAUGUUCUUUAGUUUUGGAUUUAAAUAUAUAGGCGACUAUUGAUUUUUUUUUGGUUA